AUGGUGGUCACGUUUGGCUCCAAAACCGGCCAUGUUGCGACUAUUCCUCUAUACGGACACACGGUUUACGCAGAAUGGUAUGCUACCAUUUGUUUGCCACAGGUCGAUUCUGAACUCUGUAAACAGAACUGCAACCGUCGCUUCAUCCUCCAUCACAACAAUAUGAGCUUUCACACCGCGCACAUAACGAAAGAGUUCUUUGAGCUAAAUAACAUAGAAUUAUUAGUCUAUUUGCCGUACAGCGCCGAACUAAGCCCUGAUGAUUUCUAUACUCUCCCUAAAAUAAAGAAUAAACUGCGUGGUCAGUAA